AGAGACAACCCCAGGCAGGGAGUGACCGACACAGAGGGGGAGCAGGGAGGAGACUGCAGACAACUACAGGGGAAGAAGGAAGGAGAGAGCGAGCGCAGAAAUCACAGGUCUUUGGAGAAGUCAAGAUGAGUGAGGAAGCGAUUGUUCCCGUAUACGCCACUGGGAUCUCUGCCCAGCUACAGAAACAGCGGGACCAAGAGCUGGGUGUAGGAAAACACGAAAAUGCUGUGAAGUUUCUGGGGCAGGAUUUUGAGCGGAUUCAGCACGAGUGCUUAGCAAAUGGAACUCUGUUUAAAGAUGAAACUUUUCCUCCAAGUGCUUAUUCCUUGGGCUUUAAAGAGCUUGGCCCAAAUUCCUCCAAGACCUACGGAGUUAAAUGGAUUCGGCCCACGCAACUUGUGUCUAAUCCGCAGUUUAUAGUGGAUGGUGCUACAAGGACAGACAUCUGCCAAGGGGCUCUCGGUGACUGUUGGCUCCUUGCUGCUAUAGCCUCUCUUACGUUGAAUGAUACUCUUCUCCAUCGAGUGGUUCCUCAUGGUCAGAGCUUCCAGCAGAACUAUGCAGGAGUGUUCCAUUUCCAGCUCUGGCAGUAUGGCGAGUGGGUGGAUGUCGUAAUUGACGAUUACCUUCCAGUUAAAGAUGGGAAACUGGUCUUUGUACAUUCAGCCUCUGGGGAUGAAUUCUGGAGUGCGCUGCUGGAGAAAGCCUAUGCAAAAGCUAAUGGGAGUUAUGAGGCUCUCUCAGGAGGGAGCACCUCUGAGGGCUUUGAAGACUUUACUGGAGGAGUAACUGAGUGGUAUGAGCUGAAAAAACCACCAGGUGACCUGUUUACAAUCAUCGCAAAGGCUUUGGAGAGAGGAUCUCUCAUGGGCUGCUCCAUUGAUAUCUCUGGUGCAGCAGAUAUGGAAGCUGUAACCUUCAAAAAGCUGGUCAAAGGUCAUGCAUACUCACUCACUGGAGCCAAAGAGGUUAAUUACAGAGGCCAAAGUACUAAAUUAGUUCGCAUGAGGAACCCCUGGGGUGAGGUUGAGUGGACCGGUGCCUGGAGUGAUGGUUCAAAUGAAUGGAAUUAUGUGGAUCAAUCAGAGAGAGAUCUCAGACUAAAAAUGGAAGAUGGUGAAUUUUGGAUGUCAUUUCAAGAAUUUCUCCGGGAAUUUGACCGUCUAGAAAUUUGCAAUCUCACACCAGAUGCCUUGAAAGCCCGCAAAAUUCGCAAAUGGAACACAACAUUUUAUCAUGGAAACUGGAGAAAGGGGAGCACAGCUGGUGGCUGUAGAAACUUUCCAGCUACGUUCUGGAUUAACCCACAGUUUAAAUUAAAGCUGGACAUUGAGGAUGAAGAUGAUGACUAUGGCAGUGAAAAAGGCUGCACCUUCCUCAUUGCCCUUAUGCAGAAAAACCGAAGAAAAGAGAAAAGAUUUGGGAAGGACAUGGAGACAAUCGGUUUUGCCGUCUAUGAGGUCCCCAGAGAGUUCGUAGGACAGUCAGCUGUGCAUCUCAAGCGUGACUUCUUCCUAAGCAACGCAUCCCGUGCACGAUCCGAGCAAUUCAUUAACCUGCGAGAAGUCAGCACCCGACACAAGCUUCCCCCUGGGGAAUACAUAGUAGUGCCUUCCACCUUUGAACCCAAUAAUGAGGGAGACUUUGUCCUGAGAGUCUUUUCAGAAAAUAAACAUGGGACUGUUGAAAUGGAUGAUCCAAUAUCUGCCAAUCUACCCUCUGAGAAAGCUGUAACUGAAGCAGACCUUGAUGAAGGAUUUAAAAAACUUUUCAGUCAACUUGCUGGUGCAGAUAUGGAAGUUAGCGUUUUGGAGCUACAGACCAUAUUAAACAAAAUUAUAACUAAGCAUAAAGACCUUCGCACUACAGGAUUUAGUUUGGAGUCUUGUCGCAGUAUGGUGAAUUUAAUGGAUAAAGAUGGGAAUGGAAAACUUGGAAUGUUGGAGUUUAAUGUCCUGUGGAAUAAAAUAAAAAAUUACCUGACUGUUUUCAGACAGUUUGACAUGGACAAAUCGGGAAGCAUGAAUGCCUAUGAAAUGCGCCUGGCAGUGGAGUCUGCAGGUUUCAAACUGAGCAACACCCUGCAUCAGCUGAUUAUCACCAGAUAUUCUGAGCCUGAUCUGUCUGUGAAUUUCGAUUGCUUUGUGUGUUGUCUGAUCAGACUGGAGACCAUGUUCAGAUUCUUCCAAAACAUGGAUACAGACAAAGAUGGCAUUAUCAACUUCACCCUUUUCUCUUGGCUCCAGAUGACGAUGUUUGCAUAGUGAAACCUUUGCUCUGCAUGGGCUGGAUCCCUAAAAGCUCAUAUAACCGACUGCAAGUGCCUUCUCACUCGCUGCCCCUGUGCCAAAGCAAUACAAGGAGGACCUGUCUCUUGGAGAACCCUCUCCUGCAUCUGCUCUUGCGUGAACUUCCUUGUGUAUAGCAUCCAUUGUAUGUUUAUCAACCUUUCUCGGUUUUCUGCUUGUCUUAAUCUCAACAUUCUUCCAGUUCUCCAACAUGUAAUAAAAAAAUCAUGCCAUCAGUCAGUUAUGCCAAUAUGCAGCUGCCCCUCAGAUACUGUGGCCAGUUAUAAAAUAUUACAAAAGUAAUUCUUUUUGGUUUUGUACUGAAUUUUAAAUGCCAAAAUAAAGAACAUUCUGUUACGAAAAUGGCUUUAGACACGAGCAAUACUUGUAAACUGUAUAUAAAGUGUUACGAAGUGCUGCAUUGCUUUAUCAAUACAGAAUUUUCUAUUAUUAAAAAAAA